CGGGAGCGCCCGCUGGCGGCCGCGGCUGCCUGGCUCGGUGUGGCUGAGCUCGGCCGGCUGGCUGGCGGCGGCGGCGGGAGCUGCGUGGGGCUCGGCGGGGAUGUCUUCGUCGCCGUGCGCUGCUGCCGCCGCGGCGCCACUGGCCGAGCUGCUGGGCGAGGCGCUAGCGGCGCCCGACGGCUCGGCGGUGCCCGUGGCCUCGCUGCUGGCGCGGGGCGUCUCUCUCGUGGGGCUCUACUUCGGAUACUGUGGCGCCGGCAGCAGCGCAGCCGGAGCAGCCGCCGCCGGAGUGGCAGGAGCCGGAGCCGGGCCGGGCGCGCAGCUGGCCGCUAGCUUGGCCGCCUUCUACGCGCGCUUCCAGCCGGCCCGAGGCGAAGCCGGAGCCGGAGCCGGAGCCGGAGCGGCGCCCGAGCAGCAGCGGCAGCAGCGCCUGGAGAUCGUCUUCGUGUCGGCCGAGCAGGAUCAGCAGCGCUGGCAAGAAGCCACGCGGGCCAUGCCGUGGCUGGCGCUCCCCUUCGCCGACAAGCGCCGGAAGUUGAAACUCUGGAACAAGUUCCGAGUGUCCAACAUUCCCUCGCUGAUAUUUAUAGAUGCCACUACGGGAAAGGUUGUGUGCCGGAACGGCCUCUUGGUAAUUCGAGAUGACCCAGAAGGUUUGGAGUUCCCUUGGGGGGCCCGGCCAUUCGGUGAAGUGGUUGCUGGGCCUGUCCUCCGAAAUAACGGCCAGACCCAGGAGAGCAGCGCCCUUGAGGGCUCCUACGUUGGCGUUUACUUCUCUGCACACUGGUGCCCACCCUGCAGAAGCCUCACCCGGGUACUAGUGGAAUCCUAUCGUAAGAUCAAGGAAUCCGGUCAUAAGUUCGAGAUCGUCUUUGUCAGCGCAGACAGGUCGGAGGAUUCGUUCAAGCAGUAUUUCAGCGAGAUGCCCUGGCUAGCUGUCCCAUACGAUGAUGAUGCCCGGCGCUCACGUCUCAACCGGCUCUACGGCAUCCAAGGCAUCCCGACCCUCAUAAUCCUGGACCCCAAGGGGGACGUGAUCACGCGACAAGGCCGGGCGGAGGUGCUGAAUGACAUCGAGUGCCGGGAGUUCCCCUGGCACCCCAAACCCGUCCUGGAGCUGAACGACUCCAACGCCGUCCAGCUGAACGAGGGCCCUUGCCUCGUCCUCUUCGUAGAUUCCGACGACGAUGGGGAGUCGGAGGCCGCCAAGCAGCUGAUCCAGCCCAUUGCCGAGAAAAUAAUUGCCAAAUACAAAGCCAAAGACGAAGAGGCUCCUCUGCUGUUUUUCGUUGCCGGAGAGGAUGACAUGACCGACUCCCUUCGGGACUUCACCAACCUCCCAGAGGCUGCUCCUCUUCUCACCAUCCUGGACAUGUCUGCCCGUGCCAAGUACGUCAUGGACGUCGAGGAGAUCACACCCGACAUCGUGGAAGCUUUUGUGAAUGACUUUCUUAUGGACAAGCUUAAACCGGAGCCCAUCUGAAGAGAAGCAGAGGCAGGGUUGAAAAGGGGAGGGGGGGCCUCUUUUUUUCCCCGCCCCCACUCCCAGCUUGGACCUUAUUUAAAAAAUUGCAGGAUUUUUCUCUCUCUCCAGCUCUGUGCACAACGUUAACUCUUGACGUUCUUGUGGUGCCUUGUCUUUUUCCAAACACAGCAGUUUCUCUCUUCUUGAUUUCUCCUCCUAACCAAACUCUUUUUAAAAAGGUGCUGCAUUUCAGCUGGGAGACGCUGGCCAGAGGAGGCUUGGCUUGUAGUUUCCGGGGUUGUGAGGGGAAGCGGGAGAUUUCUCAAGAGCCCAGGUGAAGGGGAAAUGAUGGAUUUCCCAUGGUACCAGGCAGAGCUGUGGCUGCAUUCUGUUUUUUUUUUUAAUUAAAAAAAUCUCUGCUGGUCACUCAUGAAACCUAACAAAUCAGUAAU